AGUCGCGAUCGGUAUUUCAUCUAUCCGCCUAUAGGAAUACGGAUACGGAUACGUAGCUGCCAUAUAUAUACUAUACGCAUGUAUAUGCCUGUGUUUGUGCAUUCACAUAAAGCAAGGAUCGUCGCAUUAUCAUCGGCAUAAUGUCGGAAAUUCAGACAUUUUAUAAAGACAAGACCAUGUUGCUGACUGGCGGCAGUGGAUUUCUGGGAAAAGUGAUCAUUGAGAAGCUGCUCCGCACCACAGAGGUGAAGCGGAUCUAUGUGCUGCUGAGGGCCAAGCGUGGCCAGGAGAUACAGGAGCGCUACGUGGCCUGGGAGAGCGAUCCAGUGUUCGAAAUACUACUGAAAACCCAACCCAAGGCAAUGCAGCGGGUGGCGCCCAUAAGGGCCGAUUGUCUGGAGCCGGACCUGGGCAUGAGCGACACGGACCGAAGGCUCCUGGCGGCCGAGGUGCAGAUCGUCAUUCACGGAGCAGCCACAGUGCGCUUCAACGAGCAGUUGCAUGUGGCCCUGGCCAUCAACACUCGUGCCACGCGCCUGAUGGUGCAGCUGGCCAAGCAAAUGGUCAAACUGGAGGCAUAUGUCCACGUCUCCACGGCCUACUCCAACUGUGUGGUGGAGAAAAUCGAGGAGAAGUUCUAUCCGGAGCACUUGAGCUGCUCCGCGGACAAGGUGCUGAAGCUCAGCGAGAUGCUGGACAUUGAGAUGAUAGACAACAUGGCGCCCGCCCUGAUGGGCAGGUAUCCCAACACCUACACCUAUACGAAGGCCCUGGCGGAGCAAGUGAUCCAGCGGGAGGCGGGCGACCUGCCGAUCGCCAUCUUUCGGCCAGGCGUCAUCAUUGCCAGCUACAAGGAACCCAUGCCUGGGUGGAUCGACAACCUGUACGGACCCAUUGCCGUGCUGUACGGCGUUGCCUUUGGGGUCUUGCGGAUCACCCGUCUCAAUGUGAAGGCGCAGGCUGGCAUUGUGCCAGUCGACUACUCGGCCUGCAUGGCCCUGGCCGCCGUCUGGCACACGGCCAUAGAGUCCAGGCCCCAGGGCGAUCCGGCCAUAUACAAUUUUACGCCCAGCGAAGAUAACCUGAUCACGUGGGGCGGCUUCCGGGACAGGUCACAGAAUCUGGUGUCCCACUACCCACUGACCAAGAUGAUGUGGUGUCCGUUUCUGCACUGCACCACCAGCCCGUGGCUGUUUCGGCUGGUGGCCUACUUCUACCAUCUGCUGCCUGGGUAUGCCAUCGAUGUGGUGCUGCGACUGCGUGGCCAGAAGCCGCGCAUGAUCAAGCUCUACGACAAGAUACACAAGAACAUCGACGUCCUGGCGCCGUUCGUGGACACCACGUGGAAGUUUGACACGGCCAACACUCAGCGGCUGUGGAAGCGAAUGUCGUCGCUGGAUCACAACAUUUUCGACUUCAAUAUGCGGGGCCUCAACUGGGACGAUUACUUUAUGCAGGCCCUGUCCGGCAUUCGCAUCUACCUGGGCAAGGAGGAGCCCCACACCAUAGUGAGGGGAAAGAAGAUACUCUGGCGCUUCAAAGUUUUACAUCGGAUUCUACAGUUGACUCUGUGCUGCGGCGCUGCGGCUCUUUUGUGGUCUCUACAUAAGGUUCUAGCUGUCAUCUAGGCAACCCACACACACACCACAAACACACACACACACACACACACACACACAUAGUAGGUUAAUUGAGUUCUUAGAGUUAAAUAAAUGAUUUGGCGCAAAAGC